UACGGACGGGUAUAACAAGGGCUGGUUUCGAGAAUCAGGAGUCUACACCAUCCAGCCCGUCAUGGCACCAGCUCCGUUCCAGGUGCAUUGUUCCAUGAUGGACUCUCAGGUGCGCACCUUUGUGGUUCGACGCGAGGAGCGACAGUUGGACUUCAACCGCACGUGGGAGGAGUAUCGAGACGGCUUCGGCUCCCUGGCGGCCGACCACUGGCUGGGGCUGGACAAGCUGUACCUGCUGACCUCCAGCCGAGCGUACGAACUGCGCUUUCGGGUGAGACUGGAGAACGGGUCGGUGUACUAUCACUUCUACAAGGACUUCGUCGUUCGCGACCAGUCCGCCGGCUACAGCUUCAUACUGGGCAUCACCGACGACAUGGACAGGGAGCUGGGCGACUGCCUGACACCGCUGAUGGGGGCUUCCUUCAGCACCUACGACAACGACAGUGAUGGCGAUGACACCACCAACUGCGCACAGCGACACGGCGCCGGCUGGUGGUUCCUGGGCGCCAACUGCUCCUCGUGCAAUCCGCUCGGGCCGUUCAUGAAUGACACGCGACUGGGGGUUGAGGCGGAGGCCUUCUGGACCGACAAGAUGGGGGACAUGGUGCCCUUCACGCUGUAUGGAUACCUUGUGCCGCUGUAGUGGAAGAAAUCUGCAUUUCCAGUCCCUGUUGCCGCGCUUUAGUAUCCAGUGGACGGGGAGAGAGAGGACAAAUGACAAAUCUUUCUUUCUUACGAGGGUGAUAAAAUAAACUAUAAAUAGAAAAGUGAAGAAGUGUUUGAUUCUCGAAAGGAGACCAUCACAUAUUGUUAUCAAUAGUCACAUCUAGAAGUCCGUGUCGUCUUUUAUUGGUUGAGUAUUUAGAUUAUCUGUGGUUGUUUUUUUUUUUUUUUUUUUUUUGUAAUGGGUCAGGUAGGUUUUGUCUUUUCUGCCGUGGUGUUACGCGCGAAUUCUGUUUUCUAAGGAUUGAUGCCAUAUUGUUCAAUCCUGUCCAAGACUAAAGCUCAUCAGCAUCCUGUUGUAGCAGAGACGCAAGUGGCUCAGUCUGUGAUGUACAUGAAUUGUUAUGUCACCGGCUGGGAUACUUGAAGAUCAUUAAUGAAAAAACAGAAUAAAAGAGGACUAACCCUUCUGGAACACCACGUUUUACUUAUGGAUCAGUAUUUGGGAGGAGAAAAAGAGAAUAGAA